AUGAAAAUCCAGAUCCCCUGGCUUUCAACGCCGUGGGUGUGGGCGUCGCUCGCACUUGCGAUACUUGGAGAGCCAAUCCCCGCUCCUACAGGCGAGUACAAUGUCGGCGCCCAGCGCUUCGUCGUUCCCUUUUUAGACGAGGAAGAUGUUGUCUGGCCAAACGGUAUUUCAACUGAGUAUCUCGUCACCCUGUACUAUCCUACCUCAGACGAGAAGCCUUGCCCGAAGCCGUACCUCGAGCCCGAACUUGUCGAAUUGUACGAGGAUUUAUGGAAUUACAACAUCUCCCACCUGACUUCGACUUUGCGGUGGAAUGCCUCUUAUCUUGAAGAGGGAACGGGUCCGACGCUCCUUUUCGGGCCCGGCGGUUGGGGACCACCGACUGAUGGCAGCUAUAUUGCCAUCUCUGAUCUCGUCUCCCACGGAUACGUCGUGGCUGCAUUCGACCACGUCUACGAGCAACCCUUUGUGCGAUAUCCGAAUGGUACGGGCGUAUAUGGCCUCUCGCCAGCCUUCAACAAUUACACUCUUGCCUGGGUAGAAGAGCUGCAUGCCGUCAGAGUCAGACAGCAGCUUCAGUUCAUUAACUACUUCCCCUCCCUUGUGUCAGAGCUCGACGCGCCUUUCAAGACCACCGACUUCGGCACCUUCGGUGUAUCUCUCGGAGGCUCCGCUGCGCUUACCUUGGCACUGGAGAGUGAUGCCGUUUCUGCCGCCAUCAACGUGGACGGUACUAACUGGGGCCGGCUGAACAGCACAUCCGACUCCGACCUGAAGAAGCCGUCGAUGAUUCUGGGCUUCGGGGGCCACAAUGCAAACUCUGACCGCACUUGGAGCAAUUAUCGAGCCUGGCAGACUGGCUGGUGGCGCCUGUUCUCGGUAGAUGGAAGCGUGCAUGCUGACUGGGAGGACAGGACAUAUUGGAAGGUUUUCGGUACAACAGCUACAAUGGGGCCUAUCAACGGCAACAGAAUGGUCAACAUCACGAGGACGUUCAUCAGAGCAUUCUUUGAUGACGUUUUGCUUGGUGCUGAGCAGCCUCUUUUGGAUACUCCUUCAGACGAAUUUUCCGAGGUGCAUUGGGACGAAAUUCAUGAUGGAAAAUGA